GUUUUUUAUAUCCAGCGGUAUAAAGUAGCACAGCAGCUGAGCGUAGCCAUUUUGAUCAAGUGUUCGGCGACCUCCCUCGUCAUUUACGAUAAACAGACUCAAAACAGAUCCCCUCAGAGCACGCUUCACAUAUAAUAGGACAGAAUCAUGUCAGAGGAAGUCCAAAAACUAAAAGAGAGAAUCGUCGAGCUGGAGAAAUCUCUCGAAAAUGAACGCAAGAAGAAAGGACCCAGGCGGGAGAAACUGAAUGAAAUGAGCGCGGAGGUCGUAGACUCCAACCCGUACAGUCGACUUAUGGCUUUAAAGCGCAUGGGAAUAGUUGACAAUUAUGAGAAAAUUAGAGAAUUCACAGUGGCUGUAGUUGGUAUUGGAGGGGUCGGAAGUGUCACCGCUGAAAUGCUGACAAGAUGCGGUAUUGGGAAGCUGCUUCUGUUUGACUAUGACAAAGUGGAACUUGCCAACAUGAACCGGUUAUUUUUUCGACCAGAGCACUCGGGUAUGAGCAAAGUUGAAGCUGCGGUCAAUACUCUAAGGGACAUUAACCCAGAUGUCGAAUUUGAGGCAUAUAAUUAUGAUAUUACUCUAAUGGAAAACUUCAAUCAUUUUUUAGCUCGAAUAAGCCAUGGAGGCUUUGACAACAAAGCAGUAGACCUUGUUCUUAGUUGUGUUGACAACUUUGAGGCCCGCAUGGCCAUCAAUACAGCAUGUAAUGAACUGGGGCAGCCAUGGUUCGAGUCUGGAGUCAGUGAGAAUGCCGUAUCUGGACAUAUUCAGUAUAUAAACCCAGGGGAGAUGGCAUGUUUUGCUUGUGCUCCCCCACUGGUAGUAGCAUCAAAUAUAGAUGAGAAAACAUUAAAGCGAGAAGGCGUGUGCGCAGCAUCACUACCGACCACCAUGGGCAUUGUUGCAGGAUUUCUUGUCCAGAAUACUCUCAAGUACUUGCUUAAGUUUGGAUCUGUUACACAUUACCUGGGAUACAAUGCUAUGCAAGACUUCUUCCCUACUAUGAGCAUGAAGCCUAACCCUACAUGUGAUGACAGGAGCUGUCAGAAACGCCAACUAGACUACCAGGAGGCACUGGCUGCUAAGCCACCUACAGAAAAUGACAAACCUCAAGAAGAAGAGGAAGUUGUCCAUGAGGAAAACGAUUGGGGCAUCUCACUGGUUACCGAGAGUAAGGGUGAAGCAGACGAAGAAGACGAACCGCAUCCAGAACUUGUUGCAGGUGUUACACUUGCCUACACAAAGCCUAAAGCAACAAGAAAGCAGAUUUCGGAGGAGAUAAGCAGCGAAGGUCAAAUGUCGGCGGAAAGUGACGAACUAAGUGUCGAGGAACUCAUGAAGAAACUGAAAAAUUUGUAGUAUAGAAAAUUCUAGUAUAAUGAUAAUUUAUUUGUCAGUACGUCUGUAGGGUGAAAACCAGAAUCUUUCGAUGACGCUACGAGCUCCAGACCAAAAAAAUGGUUUGCUUUGAAAGCAAAACGCUCCGUACAAGCUUUUCCACGUACACCUAUUUCAAAUAAAAGGUUUCACUCGAAAAUCCAUGCCCGAAGUGCUUCAUAGGUAUCGUCUAAGUGGAUGAAUCCUGGUAUGUGGAAGUCCCUUGUUUACGCUUAUUUAUUUGCUGCCCAUGACGCACUGCGGAUUACAACACAUGGAUUCUCCAAGUGCAACCUUAUUUGAAUCAUGUGUGUGGUAUAGCUAACAAGACUUCCUGCAAGCUGUUCGUGAAAGACUAGGAAUCUAGGAAGAAUACAGCAAGCUGGAGAAAGACUCAAUCAAUGAAAGUCUCAAGUCUCAAUGAAAAAAGCUCUUUACGCCCUUAAUAUUCUGUAAAUUUUGAGCCGCUUUAAAGACUCUCCGUAUUUAAGCGUAGUCCAAAAGUGUCCUUUAAAAGGGCUUCCAUUAUUAGGGUAAUGGCUUUAUCUAGUCUGGUCCCACAAGCAAAUUAACCGCGCUAGCAAAUACUUUUUUCUUUUUAUUGUGGCCCUUGAUCCAUAUUGGGCACUGCAUUAAUAUAGAAAUCAGCACUCACCUCGGCUGACCGUAUAAUAAUUACUGUAGUGUUACUGUAUCACUGUGUGCCACAAUAUGGUGGUUUUCCUAAACCCGUGCAACAAGGUAUAAAAGUCAAGAGUGUUUAAAUUAAGGCAGCGCAAAAGAGAGCAAAGACAUCAGACUGUAAUAGUGUUAAAUAAGCUAAAGUGUAUUCCACGGGUUUACGAAAACGUCCAACGCUACAUUCUGGUCUUCUUUAAUAAUCGUUCAUUGCAAUAAAAAGGGCAACAUAUGUUAUUAAGAUAAAAUCGAUAAUAUGAAUAUCAUUUAUGGUUUUCAAAACAACUGGCUAUUUCUCAUUUGCUGCAUCGCAAAGUUUCUUUUUACAACACGAGAUAAAGUCCUUAAUGUAAUAAAGUUUAAUAAAAGAAAUAAAAAACAAUUGAAGAAAAA